UCCAUCUAUCAGAAGGUAUUCUGCAGAGUCUUUGCUGGCUGCCUCUGUAGGACUAAAGCAUUGACCGGCACAAUAAACUUUGGUCUGGAUGGCAUCAGGUACAGAAUAGGAUUGAUAUCAGACGUGCCUGCAUGCACGCCAAGAUGCACACACGGAAGGAAUCACAGCGUAUCCGCCAAUGACCAUGGACGUCUCGGCUGCAUGACAAUCCUUCCCUGCUCGCCAGAAUCCUUCCUGCAACCAGGAGCUUAGUAUAGGGACGAACACCUCGGUUAGGACUAGCUAUUCAAGGUCGCUCAUGGUCGCUCCAGGCUGCAUUGGCUCCCAUCUAUUUAAGCACCCCUGAACCUGCAGCUCUGAGACAUUUUCACCAGGCCUAGCAAUUCUUCAAAAUGCGUAGUCUCGAGCUCUUCGCCCUGAGCGGCCUUGCAGCCGCGUCAGUCUCUGCCACCACUACGAGCGGUGAAUUCAAGGCAUUGUGCUUCAACGUCGCUGGUCUUCCCGAGAUCCUCAACAGCAACGAAGUGAACGGCUCGAAGACUGAGAACGCGGAGGAGCUUGGCAAGUACUUUGCAGAGUACGCCUACGACAUCAUUCAGAUGCAGGAGGACUUCAACUACCAUGCGUACAUCUACGAAUACGACAACCACCCCUACCGCACCGCGACGUCGGGCGGCGCCGCGAUCGGCAGUGGUCUGAACACCAUCUCCAACCACGAUUGGGUCGACUUCACGCGCGUCAAGUGGAACAAGUGCUCUGAUGCCUCCCAGUCGGACUGCCUCACCCCGAAGGGGUUCACGUUUAUGCGCUGGAACCCGUCGGAGGGAGUGUACAUCGACUUCUACAACCUUCACGCCGAUGCUGGCGUCGAAGAUGACGACGAGACCGCCCGCAACUCCAAUCUCCAGCAGGUCGCCGACUACAUCGACACCUGGUCCACCGGCAACGCCGUCGUGAUUAUGGGCGACACGAACAGCCGCUACACCCGCAGUGCCGACACGGGCAUCCGCGUCUUCAAGUCGCAGAACAGCCUGACCGACGUGUGGGUGGAGCUCGCGAUGGGUGGGGUGUACCCGACCGCGGGCGCGGACUCGCUGAUGUGCGACAACCCGUCCAAGGUCGAGACCUGCGAGACGGUCGACAAGGUGUUGUAUCGGGGGUCGAGCAUCGUCUCCCUGACCGCCGACAGCUUCCUGUACGACGGCGAGCAGUUCCUCAACACCAACUCCAAGUAUCUGGGAGAUGUGCUGUCCGACCACAACCCGGUGCUGGUCAACUUCAGCUGGGCGCUGUCCUCGUCGCUCCGCCAAAGCCAAUUCUCCGGCGGGCCCCACGGCACCUGGUUCAACGACCUGCCCAGCCUCCCGUCCUCGCCCGUGGCCUCCAAGCUGACCUUCCGCGGCGCGGAGCGGCUGGACGCCGUCGCGGUUGAGCUGACGGACGGCACCACCUUCAGCCACGGCGGCACGGGCGGCACCGCGGCGUCGCUGACGCUGGCCACGGGCGAGCACUGGACGCAGGCCGAGCUGUGCACCGGGCAACACAACAGCCACACGCGCAACUUCUACAUCAAGGCCACCACCAGCGCGGGCAAUGUGCUGGAGGCGGGCACGGCGACGGACAGCUGCACCACGUUCACAGCGGAUGCUGGGUAUGCCAUUGUGGGGUACAUGGGGCAGGGCGGCGAUGAGAUCGAUCAGUUGGCGUUUAUUUAUUCUCCCUACUAGGUUUUGUCGUAGAUGAAGGGGGGCUUCCUUGAAUGCCACUGGAUAUGAUUAGUGUGGAAAGGCUGGGAAGCUGAAAGAAAGGGGGGGUUUGGGGGGUUCUCCCCCCAUGAACGCCUAUCUGUCCACCCAUGUAAAUAAUUAAGAAC